AUGAAUGAAACAGUGGAAAAUAUGGAAGUAACAGAGAAGGGCGGGUCUUUAGUGAAAGAUAAUUGGUUUGAUUUUGGACAGUGGCGCUACCUUGGUAAUGCCUUCAUCACUUCACAUCUGGACUGUGGCAGUAGCCUGCUGAAAAUCAGCACCUUUGAGAACAGAAUGUUAAUGCUUGAUGGGAUGCCGGCAGUCAGAGUCAAAACAGAGCUGUUGGAAUCUGAACAAGGGUCUCCAAACGUCCACAACUACCCGGAUAUGGAAGCUGUACCCCUCUUGUUAAAUAACAUGAAAACGGAGCCCCCAGAGGACUCAUUAUCUACAGAUCACUUCCAAACACAAACUGAGCCAGUGGACUUGUCAAUAAACAAAGCCAGGACAUCCCCUACAGCCGUUUCAUCCUCCCCAGUUUCCAUGACAGCUUCUGCCUCCUCUCCUUCCUCCACUUCAACUUCUUCAUCAUCGUCUUCUAGUCGUCCAGCCUCAUCCCCAACUGUUAUCACGUCAGUAUCUUCAGCAUCAUCUGCGCCAACAGUAUUAACUCCAGGGCCUCUUGUGGCCUCUGCAUCUGGGGUGGGAGGCCAGCAAUUUUUGCACAUUAUCCAUCCAGUACCACCUUCAAGCCCCAUGAAUUUACAGUCCAACAAACUGAGUCAUGUUCACCGCAUCCCAGUGGUGGUACAGUCGGUGCCUGUUGUCUAUACAGCUGUGCGGUCACCUGGAAAUAUGAACAACACUAUAGUAGUGCCGUUGCUGGAGGAUGGGAGAAGCCAUGUCAAAGCACAAAUGGACCCCCGAGGCCUAUCUCCCAGACAAAUUAAAAGCGACAGUGAUGAUGAUGACCUGCCAAAUGUGACCUUAGAUAGCGUUAAUGAAACUGGAUCUACAGCCCUUUCCAUAGCCAGAGCAGUACAAGAGUAA